AACAUAAGAUAAAAUAUAACAAAAAUAAAAUAAAAAUGCGCAACGAUCACUUUAUGACGGUGACACCGUUGCCAUGGUGACCUACCACAAACACUUGGCAACAGCUUUCUGACAGAUUUUGGCUCGUUUUCUGUCCGUCAGUCAAACCACCAGCAGUGUGAACCAGAGUGGGAGAAAGAAGAGGAGGAAUCAUGCCGAAGAAAACCAAGAAAGGUGGCGGUAAGACGGAGGAGGAGAGGCUGGUACAGCAGCAGCAGAGAGCUCAGGCCGAGGAGGAGAUGGCCAAGAAGAAGGAGGAGACGCUCACACUGUUUCUGAAGGACAAGCUGCAGAAGGAGGAGAGGAACACGGCGGUGAACCAGCUGAAGCUGAACGAAAGCUGGAGGACGAUCCUCCGUCAGACUCGAGCCGUCGAGCUCCAUGAAGACACCGCGGUGCUGCAGCAGACGCUGGAGAGGCAGCUGGACGAGCUGAACGUCGUCAUCCAGAGAGUGGAGAAUGACCUGCAGGAGGCGGCGUGUCAGGCGGCGCAUGCUCAGCGCUCUCACCUGCAGCAGGUGGAGCAGCUGUUGGCGCAGCAGGACCGACGGCUGCAGCGCCUGCAGGAGCAGUGGGAGGACUGCAUGCAGGACCUGAAGGCCACGCUGAGCGCCGAGAGGAAGCAGAUGCUGAGCCAGUGUGAGCAGCAGCGACUCAAACUGCAGGACCUGAAGCUGUCUGCAGAUCAGCAGCACAGUGACUGGAUGAAGGAGAUCCACACGCUCUACAAAGGAAGCCUGUCGCGCUACGUGGGCGCCGACCAUGAGAAGACGGCGGCUCCAGACGAACACCAGAAGCUGAAGGAGGUCUACCUGCACUACAGCGAAGCUCUGCAGGGGAGGGCCUUGGAGUUGAGCAAGCUGGACCAGAUGCUCACAAACAACCAGCACGACAUCGAGAGCAAUGAGGAGAUACAGAAGAAGCUGGAGGAGGACGUUCUCCUCCUGAGGGAGCAGGUGAAGCUCGGUAAAGCAGAAGGCAGCUUGAUGGAGAGUGACCUGGCGGCCGCCAAGAACGAGGUGAACCACAAACUUUCCAACCUCAGGAACACGCUGAUCCGAGCUCGCACGGCAGCCAGGAAGCAGCUCACCGAGUUCAGCAUCCACGACGGAAACACCGCCGGCAAGCUGCAGGCCGCCUUCUCCAAGGCUGAGAAGCUUCUGCUUGUGGCUGAGAUGUGCUGCAAGCAGGAAAGUAUCUCUUUGUCUUCGCCUUCAUCACGUCCAACGGAGGAGCAGAGAAACACAGCAGCAGAGGAGGUCGGUGAGUUCCUGGAUCUGCAGCAGCUGAUACAGCGACUCAACGCCGCCGUGCUGCAGAGAGAAAUCCUGAGGAAACACGGAGACGAUUUGCGCCGAGAGAACGAGCAGCUGGAGGCACUGCUGUUUCAGCAGGACGAUGCCAUCGACGGACGCCACGCUCUGCUGGCCGUGUCCCAGGCCCCGACCACGACCGUCCCGUCGACCACUGGCAGACGCCACACCGUCAUUGAGGCCGUCCACGUCGUCAGACACUCCCUGUAACACCACACCGUUAUUCAUGAGUGCUUCAGUUUGUGUCCGACUGUCCUAUUUAAACUCACUGAAUGUAGACUGAAGCCAACAGUGCAACAAGUAAAUCUGUGAAUGUUGUGACUGAAGUUCCUGCAGUUUGUGAAGUAAACAACAAACCUCCAAACAGACAUAUACAGAGAAAUGUAAUGUUUUUGUCGUUAACUUUGGAUUUGAAAAAAUGUUGAUUAAAGUUUGGAGUCUUCA